UAUCACUGCUUUAUUCACUUUGCCAUUUGCCACCAUUUAUGUGGUGGAAAUUUUCGUCUGUCACUUUCACUGCUGAUUUGGUUGAUCUGAUUAAUUUCAAUAACAAAAUUCUCCUCUGAAAUUCUCAAUUUCAUCACUUGCUCUGCAAAAAACCAAUUGAGCACCAAAUUUUGUGUAAGAUUUUUGUUUUCUUUUUUCAAAUGAGUGCUACUACUGCAACAUUCAGUCCAGUAGCAUUUAGCAACAACAACAAUCCUUACAAUUCAAUAUGGAGAAAACCCAAUUCACUACCAAAUCCAAUAUGGACAACUUGUGCUAACACUUCUUUUAUUUCACGAGCAACUUCAUCAUCGUCAAGUCCUGAAACUGAAAACGAAAAGAAAAAUAAGAAGAAGAAAAAGAAAGUAGUAAUUGAAAGGGAAGAGCUAAAGCAAGAGCCGGAGCCGGAGCCGGAGCCAGAGCAAGAGCAACAACAAGAGUUACAGUCAUCUUCUGUUUCAGUUAUAAAGAGAUUGGAUGAUGUGAACCCAGUAGGAUUAGGGAGACGUUCGCGUCAAAUGUUCGAUGAAGUGUGGCGUAAGUUUUCGGGAUUAUGGCAGAUUUCGAGAACAAUCCGUUCUGAUGAUGAGAGUACUCUGCUUAUUAGGGAAGGUGGGCCCAUGUGUGAAUUUGCAAUUCCUGGUGCUCAGAAUACUACUGUGCUCGUUGUUGGUGCUACUAGCCGUGUUGGUAGAAUUGUUGUGCGCAAACUCAUGCUUAGGGGUUACACUGUCAAGGCUUUAGUAAGGAAAGCUGAUCCGGAUGUGGUUGACAUGCUACCAAGAUCCGUGGAGUUGGUGACAGGGGACGUUGGUGAUCCUUCUAGUCUAAAAGAUGCAGUGCAAGGCUGCAGCAAAAUCAUCUAUUGUGCCACUGCUCGUUCUUCAAUCACGGGGGAUCUCAUCAGAGUUGAUCAUCAAGGGGUUUACAAUCUAACCAAAGCCUUGCAGGACUACAAUAAUAAACUAGCACAGCAACGUGCCGGGAAGAGUAGCAAAAGCAAGCUUUUAAUUGCAAAAUUCAAGUCUGAAGAUUCAUUGAACGGGUGGGAAGUCCGUCAAGGGACAUAUUUCCAGGAUGUGGUUGCUUCUAAGUAUGAUGGAGGAAUGGAUGCUACGUUUGAGUUUACUGAAAGCGGAGAGACUAUUUUUUCAGGAUAUGUUUUCACAAGAGGAGGCUAUGUUGAAUUGUCAAGAAAACUGUCACUUCCUUUAGGUUACACUCUUGACAGGUAUGAGGGUCUAGUAUUCUCUGUUGGUGGGAAUGGGAGAUCUUAUGUUGUAAUUCUUGAAGCUGGUCCUUCAGCAGAUACAACCCAAAGCAAACUGUAUUUUGCCAGAAUUAGCACAAAAGCAGGAUUUUGCAGGGUGAGAGUUCCAUUUUCCUCGUUUCGGCCGGUGAGUCCAGACGAUCCCCCACUGGAUCCGUUCCUUGUUCAUACAUUGACCAUACGCUUUGAGCCUAGAAGACAGAGGCCAAGUGAUGGACCUAGCGGGGUGAACCAAGAUUUGAGAAGCUUUCAGCUAAUUAUGGAAUAUAUUAAAGCUUUGCCUACUGGGCAAGAAACUGACUUUGUCUUAGUAUCAUGUACGGGGUCGGGA